AUGAUGGAAAUUUUAGUGCACUCGAAAGUUUCUGAAAACGUCUCAGGCUAUAUCGCCUCGGCGUGGACGACCGACAAAGAUGGUGUACGAUCACGAACGUGCACUUAUACAAUGGCGCUAAAUCAUGCAAUGGCUCCGAAAAGCUGUGUAGUGACAGAAAAGCAGAUUCUAUCCCACUUUGGACGUAAUGGUGAUGGCUUUAUUGUGAACAAAGAAACGCAGAACUCGGGCGUUCCUUACGCAAACGACUUCACAAUUCAAUGCAUUUAUUGCGUCUCCAAGAUCAGUGAACACGAGGCUCGGAUAAAAGUUCAUGGUGGCAUCGUAUACAAAAAGAACAUUUGGAGUGUAGUUAGA